AUGGGACUUGUUUAUUUCUUAUUUGUUUAUAUACUAGGUGGAUUAACUUUUUUACCAGGAUUGGUGAUUCUAUAUUUUUAUCUCGCCCCGGAAACAACCUUAUCUAAAAAUAAUAAUGAACUUGACGAAGAAAAACCAUCAGGAGAAUUAGAAGAAAAUCAUCAAUCAGGUUUAGAAGCUUAUAAAAGUGGUUGGAUAUUUGUCACUAGAGAUUAUAUUGAAAGUCCCGAUGAAAUCAAUUCAAAUACUCAACUGAUAACUGAAUCAAAUGAUAAUAAAUCGGCUUAUUCGGCUUUAUAUAAAUUGGUCAAGGAUCUGGCAACCAAAAAAUUUAAAGACAAUUCCCAACUGAUUAAGAAUCAAGAAGAUAAAAAAUUCCUUGAUCAUAAUGAUAAUGAUAAUAAUGAUUUAGAUGAAUUAAAUAAAGAUACAUUUGUAUUACCAAAAGACACGAACAAUUCAAAAUCAUAUAACCACCACCAACGUCAUGAUCCACAACCACAACAUAAUCACCAAUCCCAAAAUCAACCACAACAACAAAUUAGAUCAUCACAAAAGAAACAUCGAUAUUUCGCUGUUUUAAAACAUGGCAACUUAUUUUUAUACAAGGAUCAAACUUUAAAAGAUGUUAAACAUGUGAUUGUGUUGGCCCAUCAUUUUGUUAGUAUUUGGCCUCGAGAUUUAACUGAUGCCCAGUUGUUUACAAAAUAUUCUGCCCUUGCUUUGAUAAAUCCUAGUAAGUUAACUGAUACACCAUUCCCCACUAACGACACUUUUAAUUCAAAUGUUAAUACAUCUAAUGGCACCGAGAUUUCUUCAUCAACUAGAUCAUCCCUUUCAUCUCGUACUACUGAUCAACAACAACAAAACCUACAACAACAACAACAGCAAUCAAACAAUAAUGCUCCACCAGGGACUUUUUUCAUUUAUUGUGAAAACAAUUGUGAUAAAGAAGAUUGGUAUUUUGCUUUGAUUAGAGCCAUGAAAUUAGAAAAAUCAGAACUUCCUGAUAUUUUAAGUCCAGAAAAUUUUGCUCAAACUUCACAUUUUCAAACAAAAGAAAUGAUAAAUUUAAUACAAACUUUGUAUAGUUCUGAAGGUCAAUUACAAACCAAAUGGUUAAAUGCAAUUAUUGGACGAUGGUUUUUAGCAAUGAAAAAUACUAAACAUUUUGAAGAUUAUUUUUAUAAAAAAUUGAGUAAAAAACUUAAUAAAAUCAAAAAACCAGGAUUUUUUAAUCAAUUUGAAAUCACCGAUAUUCAACCAGGUAAACUGGCACCAUUUUUCACUUAUCCAAAAUUAAAAGAAAUUAAUCCUGAUGGAACAGUUGUAGCUUCAUGUUAUGUAACAUAUAAUGGAGGAUUAUCAGUAACAAUUGAAACCAAAGUUGAUUUAACUUUUGGAACAAAAUUCACUAAUAGAGAAGUUGAUUUGGUAUUGAAAAUCACUUUAAGUAAAUUAGAAGGUCCAAUGUUAUUUAAAUUAAAACCUCCUCCAAGUGGUCGAUUUUGGUAUUGUUAUGAAUUAGAUCCUAUUGUUAAUUUUAAAAUUGAACCUUUAUUAAGUUCAAGAACUUUAAAUUUUAAUUUCAUUACAAAUUCAAUUGAAAAAAAAUUUAAAGAAGCAAUUAAAGAAAGUUUGGUUUAUCCAUUUUGGGAUGAUAUUGUAUUUUUUGAUAGUUCUGAUCAAUUAUAUCGUGCUGGAAUUUGGAAACAACCCAAAAUUGAUAAAGAUGAAGUUACCACCAAUAUUCUGGAAACGACAAAUAUAGAGAAAAAUCAGGGUCAAAUUGAUAAUGGAUUAGUUGGUACCGAUGAAAAUAAUUCAACAAAUUCAACAAAUUCAACAAAUUCAACAAAUAAAUUUGAUGAUAUUGAUGCAAAAUCAGAAUUAUCAACAAGUUCAAGAUCAAUUAGAAAUGCCAAAUUUUCCAAUACAUUAACUGAUUUAACUAAACGUAUUAAAAAGAAAUCAUCACCAUCAUUAUCUAAUACUGAAGAAAGCUUGUCUAAAACUCCUAGUAUUAGUAGUGGCCAUAAUACAAAUAUCACCAAAACUCCAAGUAAACUGGAUCUAACGGUGUCACAACAACAACAACAGCAACAACAGCAGCAGCCUCAAAAUACUAAUUCAACACUUGUUUCUAAUACAUUCAAAAGAAUUGGGAAAUGGUAUUUCAAAGAUGAUGUAUCUACAAAGAAACAACCUGAUGAAAAACCAGGUUAUACUCCUCCUGAAAUGAUUUCUAGUAGACGAGCACCUAGAAAAUCAUCAAGUUCAAUGACAUUAGGAUCUGAUUCCACACAUUAUACAUUAUCAACAGAAGAUAACAAAGGGUCGAAUUCAUUAGUAAGUGAAAGUAUUAAUGCACCAAUUUCCAGCACUACUACUACUACUACUACUACUACUGGUUCUAUUUCUGGUACAUCACUGGAAUUUCCCAAUAAAAGUACUACUACCACCACUGCACCUGUAAACGUUACCAGUCUAUCCAAUAACUCUACAAUACCAUCAAUAGCAAUAGGAACAGGAACAGGAAAAGACUCUACAAUGACAUCUCCAUUAACAGCCAUUCCACUUGAAAAUCAAACACCAUCUUACAAUUUCAGUCGACUAGAUAAUAAUAAUGAAGAUCUUUCAAUAUUUAGUGUUGCAUAUCAGAAUGCUGCUCAAAUGAUUCCUUCACUGACUCCACCACCAUUACCACCACGUGAAAUAUCAGAUAAUUUAUCCAUUAAAAGUGGAAGUUUAGUUGGUGAACCAACCAUUAGUUUAUCUCAACCAAGCACUCCUAUUCGAUCUAAAACAUUAACUAGAAAACCACCUCCACCAUCAAAAUCUCCAUUAUUACAAGCCAAUUCUUCAAAUCAACAUAUAAAAGAUUUAUAA